AUGAUGCCUCCCAAUACUCUUUCUCCGACUGGUCAAACAACGAUUGAAUUUGAGACCCGUGCUAGCGUUGCAUUUGCUUAUCAACAUCCAAAUCUUGUCCUAAAUAAAUCUCGUCAAGUAAAACAGACAGCUUGGAUGACUCAAACAGAUACGAGAAAUAGUCGUCAAGCAACAAGCAUAAUAAAUCGACCAUCCAUUACUAUUGGUGGACGAUUAAGUAUCUUCCCUCGAACUUCCCAAGAUAUAACCGCUUUUCAAGGUAAAGAUUACGAUACGACGCGAAAUGCAAUGCGAGAAGUUAUUCAACAAGCAAAAACUGAUAAACCAUUGAUAACAUUUAACGAAGUGUUCGUCGAUACUGAUAAUGUCAUUGGAUGUUUAUUGAGAAUAUUUAAUGCAUAUGCUGAAGAAAUUGAUGGUACUAAACGGAUGACCCGUGAAAGAAUAUUAUCACUACUGGAUGAUUGUGAAAUAUUCGAUUUAGAAUAUACAACAACGGAAUUUGUUUCAGAUUUUAAUGCAUUACGAAAGCAAUUAAUUCACAAAAAAGUUUACGAACGAAAAAGUGUCAAAUUUGGAUUAGAUUUUACAGGUUUUGUUGAAGUAAUUGAAAUACUUGAAAAUCGUUUACAUAAAUCGAAAGAUCAUAUUCUCAAACGGAUUAUUGGUCCAAAAAUAUACAAAGAUCUAAUUAGUAUAAAGGAAAUUAAAGAUAAUAUUAUGCUUGGUCACUUACCACCCUUACUCACCAUUUAUGAACAAUAUCAAGAGAGAAUAAUACAAAAAGAACAAAAGCGAAAGAAAGUAGUCGCAAAGAAAAAGAAGAGUGGUAAAAAAUCAGGAGGUGAAGCCGAGAGUACAUCAUCGCCGAGCAGUCUCGAAAAACAAAACAUAAGGCCGAAAAUGAAAAAACAAAAAAAAUCUAAAAAUGAUGACGAUGCUCAAAGUCUAUGCUCAUCCGUCUCGCUCAGUAGAGCAGAUAGUGGAGAUAAAAAUGAGAAAACAUCACAGUUAGGAAAAGAUGAGAGUGAUUUUCCGAAAAAGAAGAAAAAAGGUAAAAUGCAAAAAUCCAUGAAAAGUGGAAAAAGUGACAAGAAAAAAACGCUUAAAACUAAAAUCAAUGCUUCUAAGAAAACUGUUCCUGCCAUUAGAACUAGCAAAGAGAAGAGAAUUGAAGCUACAAAAUUUUCAGAUAAACAACAAGAUAAAAGUAUUAAACUACUCAAUGCAACUGAACAAAAAGAUGCAAAUAGUCUGGAUCAACUGAUCAUGAAAUCAUUAUCGCGAGAUGUAGCUCAGUUAAAAACAAUUCAAGUACUCGAACAUUUGAUCAAACGAGACGAUUUAGAUCCGGAUCUGCAACAAAAACUAGCAGAAACAUACAAAUUAGCUUGUGAACCGUUGGAACAGGGUUUCAUCAGGCAGAAAGUAUUAAUCAAAUGGCUACGUGCAUCCCAAAUGUGGUCAGAUAUUUAUACGAUCAGCACGAUAGAAGGAAUAACCGCUGGUUUAUUAGCUCGCUACAUUGAUUCUGGUGUUUACAAAUUGGCUUCACACACAUUUGAGUACAACGGAUUUAUGGAGUGUGUUCGAAUGUGUGCACGUCAUGUGAAAAUGUCAGCGAAUGAUUUUGUUAAAAAAAUGUUAUUGGCUGAUGAGUCGAGUUUUCAACGAUGGAGGGCAGAAAUUGACCGUUUAUCAGAUGGGAUUAUUUCGAAGAAAGUUGUUAGACCAUGGAAUGCUAAGAAAGUUUUGCGAGCUAUUACUAUCAUGACAGAUGUUGUUGAAGAAAGUAGACGUUUACAUUUGACAGAUGAUCAACGAAAUCGACUAAGAAGUUUAUAUAAAGAAUUUGCUACAUUUGCUUAUCGUCGCUUGAGCACACACUUGGAACCGAGAUUAACGAACAGUGUUAUGAGUAAUUGGAUGAGAGAAUGUAAAAUGUUUGAUGAACAGUAUAGUGUUAAUGAAUUGGACAAAGAUUUUAUUUCUAUUCUUGGUGAUUUUACAUUGAACAAUAUUUAUCCACUUGGUACGCGAGAUAUUGAUUUUGACGGUUUUCUCGUAUUAUUAGAAACAAUCGCCGCUCAUAAGCACAUUAGAGCAGAUGAUAUUGUACAAAUGAUAUUUCAAGGACCAAGAUCACCGCUUCAAAAAACGGUGGAAUUAAAAGACGAUUUAUCAAAAGCAAAAAUUCAAAUAAACGAUCAAGUACCAAAACAAAUAUCGUCUACAAAAAUCAAAAGGUGA